UUCUACUUAUAUGUUUUCUAUUGCUGAUAUUUUCAGUUAUACCCUUUAGAAUAUUUUAUUUAGAAAGACCUAUAUAUAUAUAUAUACCAUUUCUCCUCAAAUCCCGCGCAACAAGUCGCCUUCAAAAAAUUACAAGUUGUAUUCAUCAUCAUUGAUCAUUCAAUCCUUAGCUCGACAUUGCAAAAAGUUACGCCCAAUUGACGGAAUCAAUGGAUAGUUCAAGACAAUCUUUGAUUCCGAGCUAUCUAUACUCCAAUUCGUUGAAAAAUCGAUUCGACUUCGAGAAAUUGGCGGCAAAUCAACAGAGUUCUUAUGAUACUUUGUUGCCCUCGCUUUCUGAAUCACCGGAUGUUGCGAGUAGAGGUUUUGUGGUACAGGCUCCUAGCGAGCCAGGUAAAAUUAAGAUGUUCUCGCCGGCGGCUUAUGCAGCCUGUGCUGUUGGUGGUAGUUUGAGUUGCGGGAGCACUCACACCGGCAUCACUCCGCUAGAUGUCGUCAAAUGUAAUAUGCAGAUUGACCCUGCAAAGUACAAGAACAUUUCAUCAGGAUUCGGGGUAUUAUUGAAGGAGCAAGGAAUCAAAGGAUUUUAUAAGGGCUGGGCACCAACACUAGUUGGUUACAGUGCACAGGGUGCUUGCAAGUUUGGGUUUUAUGAAUACUUUAAGAAAACCUACUCUGACAUUGCUGGCCCUGAGUAUGCAACCAAGUAUAAAACAUUGAUUUACCUUGCUGGUUCUGCAUCAGCUGAAGUUAUUGCCUGUGUUGCCCUUUGCCCUUUUGAAGCUGUUAAAGUUCGUGUUCAAACACAGCCUGGAUUUGCCAAGGGCCUAUCUGAUGGUCUUCCAAAGAUCAUCAAGGCUGAAGGUGUUGCAGGACUAUACAAGGGGCUAACUCCUCUUUUAGGCCGCCAAAUUCCAUACACAAUGAUGAAGUUUGGAUCUUUUGAGACAAUUGUGGAGAUGGCAUACAAGUAUGCGAUUCCUACACCAAAAGAGCAAUGUAGCAAGAGUUUUCAGCUUGGAGUAAGCUUUGCUGGUGGUUAUGCUGCUGGUAUACUCUGUGCUGUGGUUUCUCACCCAGCUGACAAUUUGGUCUCUUUCCUCAACAAUUCCCAGGGUGCUACUGUUGGAGAUGCUGUUAAGAAGCUAGGCAUGUGGGGCCUAUUUACUCGUGGACUACCACUUCGUAUUCUUAUGAUUGGAACUCUUACGGGUACACAAUGGGGUAUCUAUGACGCCUUCAAAGUUUUCGUUGGGCUGCCGACUACUGGUGCUGCUCCUCCUGCAAACUAACCCGCCACGUGGCAUGACAGAAUUAAGCGAUUUUGUAUCUCAAAGGACAAAGAGAACGAUUGGAAUUCAAUAAAUAAAUAGGUAGAAAUGUUAUAUAUAUAUACACGCUACUUUCGAUUCUUAGUGAGUAUAUGCUUACAAUUAUAGGCAACAAAAUAAGCACCAUUUAUGUGUAGUAACUUAAGUAAUUGUGCACCUUUUGUAAAGGGACAUUCUUUAGCUUGUAAUCUGCUAUUUCAUAAUAAUAUCAUUGAUUUUAGAAAGGCGAGG